AUGUACUUCUAUACCCCCCUGAAAUUGAAGACGAAAAGUUUCUCCAAGUUUCUCAUCAUGUCCGAAGUUCUGCGUUCGGCAUUUGCACACCAAAAGCGGCCGCUUUUGUCCUAUGGCAUUCAGUUCCCUGCUGCUGCCGCUAGACAUGUCGCGGACACCUUUGAUGCAUCAAGGGUCUAUAUCUUAUGCUCGGGCUCACUAGCGCGUAAUACAGAUGCUCUUGACAGGCUAAUUGCCGCUUUGGGCCCGGAGAAAGUGGCCGGUAAGCGCAUUGGCAUGAAACCACACACUCUAUGGUCAGAAGUACUAGAGAUUGUGGCCGAUGCACGCAAAGUACAGGCAGACUUGAUUUUAACAUUGGGCGCGGGAACUUUGACAGAUGCAGCCAAGAUCAUAGCCUUGGCACUGGCCAACGAGGUGAAGACGUAUAAAGAGCUUGAACGUAUCUCCGAGGGCCCAAAUCGACUACUCAAUAUCGGCGGAUCAACCAUCCCUAUCAUCUCUGUGCCGACUUCAUUAUCUGCCGGGGAGUAUACUGACUGGGCUGGUGGCACCGAAGACCACUCACAUCGAAAGUACAUGUUUGGGCCUCCUCUGCUCGGGCCCGAGCUUGUGAUUCUGGAUCCGGAGCUAGCAGAAGCCACACCGGACUGCAUCUGGCUUAGCACCGGUAUGCGUUCCGUUGACCACAUUGUCGAAAUGCUUUGUGCAACUGUACCCAAGACUCCCGAGUCAGAAAAGCUCGCACAGGAUGCACUGCUUGGUCUGGUAUCUGGCUUGUUGCGAUGCAAAAAAAACCGCGCAGACCGGGAAGCUCAUCUGCAGUGUCAACUCGGCUCUGUCGAUGCCAUCGCAGCUUGUAUGAGCAUAUCACUUGCUCUAGGUGCGAGUCAUGGAAUUGGUCAUCAGCUCGGUCCUUUGGGUGUCGGCCAUGGUGAAACCAGUUGUAUUCUCCUACCAGCAGUCUGCAAGUUCAACGCCCUGCACAGCGCAAACAGAGAGACCCAAGCGCGUGUCUGUGAGGUUUUGACCAAGGAUCCUAUCAUCUCCCAGGUCCUGUGCGAGCGCUCUGUCGACGCAGCUAGCGCUGACCUCGGCGACAUUUUGGACGCAAUUAUCCGAGAGCUAGGCAUGCCUCGCACUCUGGCGGAUGUACAUGUGGGACGGGAUAAACUUGAUAUCUUGGCUGUGAAUGCACUGCAGGAUCUCAUGUGCCAGUCUAACCCGGUACCACUUACACAGAAGGAGCAGGUUCUACAGAUUCUGGAGAUGGUUGUUGUGUAG